AUGUCUUUGUGGGUCGAUAAAUACCGUCCAAAGACUUUGAAGUCUCUAAACCAUUCCGACGAUCUAACCCAUUUCUUAUUAUCAUUAUCGCAACAAUCUAGAGAUCUACCUCACUUGCUCCUAUAUGGGCCAAACGGUUCUGGUAAAAAAACGAGAUGCAUGUCGUUAUUAGCGGCACUCUUUGGUCAAGGUGUCUAUAGAUUAAAAAUUGAUGUGAGACAAUUUGUUACACCAUCCAACAGAAAACUUGAAUUGAAUGUUGUUAGUUCUCCGUAUCAUUUAGAAAUAACACCAAGUGAUAUGGGUAAUAAUGAUAGAAUUGUUAUACAAGAAUUAUUAAAGGAGGUGGCACAGAUGGAACAAGUUGAUUUCCAGGAUUCAAAGGGUGGGCUUGCUCAUAGGUAUAAAUGUGUUGUCAUUAAUGAAGCUGACUCACUAACUAGAGAUGCACAGGCUGCAUUGAGACGUACAAUGGAAAAAUACUCUAAAAAUAUUAGAUUAAUCAUGGUUUGUGAUUCGAUGUCUUCUAUCAUUGCUCCAAUUAAAUCACGUUGUCUCUUGGUGCGUUGUCCUGCACCAACUAAUUCCGACAUUAUUAAGAUCUUGAGUGAAGUUGCUACUGAAGAAAAAGUUGAACUAGAAUCAGGAGCAAUUUUAAAUAUUAUCGCAAAGGAGUGUGAUGGUAAUUUAAGAGUUGCCUUGUUAAUGCUAGAAUCUAUGGCAUUGAACAACGAAAUGCAUUUAAAAAAUAAUACUACUUUAAUAAAACCCGAUUGGAAAGUUGUAAUCAUUAAGACAGCCAAUAAAAUCCAAAGAGAAAGGUCUGUGGGUUCUCUUGUUGAAUGUCGUACGAUAUUAUAUGAUCUACUCUCUCACUGUAUCCCAGCAAAAGUUAUAUUACAAGAACUAAUGUCAUCACUACUAGCAAGUGCAAGUCUAGAUGAUUCUGUUAAGAUUAAUAUUGUGGAGGCAUCCAGUAUAUUCGAUGAAAGACUUUCAUUAGGUAACAAAGCCAUAUAUCAUCUGGAGGGUUUCGUGGCGAAAGUUAUGUGUAUCAUUGACGGACAAUGA